AUGACUUCAAACAUUGCGGAGUCGAUCAAUGCAGCGCUCAAGGCUGCUAGGGAACUCCCAGUGACCCCUUCGAUGAGUUACUUAUAUUCAGUACUUGACAAGGGUAAGCAGAGAAUAGUGUUCCUAAAAGAUCGAACUUGUAGCUAUAGAAGGUUUAAGUUGGAUGAGCUGCCAUGUGCACAUGCUUGGGCAGUAUUAAAAUACAAAUACAUUAAUCACAUUGAGUAUUGCUCGGUGUACUACACCAGGAAGUACCUAUUGAAGACAUAUGAAAUUCCAAUUUAUCCAGUUCCUGAUGAAAGCACAUGGGAAAUUCUUGCAGAAGUUCUAAAUGAAAAAGUCUUGCCACCAGACGUGACUAAAACAAUAGGAAGGCCAAGGAAGGGGAGGUGCAAGCCAAUAUCUGAAAGGGAACAAAAAAUUGUCGAUUUCAUGUGGACAGUGUGGAGAAGAAGGUCAGAACAGGAAAACUUGUAG